AUGGAAGACGUUGAGGUGCCAGUGCCCUUUGACAAACAGUCUACCAACCAAUUCUUUAAACAAAGAGUCUACAAUAGUGAGACUGCUGCAAAAGAUCGAUAUGCAAAGGCAGAGCAACGAGUCUCAGACAUCUUUGAUGGCGUAAAGGUCUAUUUCGACGGUCACACAGACUCUGUAUCACUGAUUCAUCUACGAAGAUUGGUAUUGAUGCAUGGUGGUGGCUAUAGCCAUUACUUUUCAAGUUCUUGUACUCAUGUCAUUGCUUCAAUACUCUCAAUGCCAAAGAUACAACAAAUCAAAAAGAAUAGACAAAAAAAGAAGAAAAGGAAAAGUAUUAAUAAUACUACUUCUUCUUCUUCUACAAAUAAUAGUGGUGGUAAUAGGGAUGUACACCUACACUAUGUUCAUCCAGAUUGGAUUCUUGAUUCAUGUUCAAAGUUAAAUAGAUUGGAUGAGAAAAGAUUUAAAAAGAGAGAUUAUCGAUUAGAGGAUUAUAGUGAAAUGUCUGAAUAUGAAAUGGUUAAAUAUUUAAAAAAGAUUAAAUAUGCUAAUUCAUAUCAGCAUCAACAACAAGAAGAGGAAGAUGGAGAGGAAGAAGUGGAGAAAGAUGGUCAAGAUGAAGAGGAGGAAGAUGGCGAAGAAGAAUUUGGUUUUGGAAACCAAUAUUCGAGUGACGAUGAGGAAGAGGAAAUAAAUGGAGAGGAAGGUGAAGAUGAAUUUCCAUCAUCAUCUAUAAGCGGUAGUUUGUUGGAAACAAGGGAAACUGAAGCACUUUAUAAAGCAAGACAUUCUGCAUUGGAUUACAUGCAUUUAAAAAAGGAUCAUUCAACCAACACCAAUAAUAAUAAUAAUAAUAAUAAUAAUAAUAAUAAUAAUAAUAAUAAUAAUACCAAUAACAAGGAGAUGACGACAAUGGAGGUGUCUCGAGACAACCAAAAUCAACAUCUGCAAUAUGAUAACCAACAACAAUAUCAACAACAACAACAACAACAACCUAAUAUAGAUUAUUCAAUGUAUAAUCAACAACAACAACAACAACAAUAUCAACAAGAUCAGCAAUAUAACCAACAACAAUAUCACCCGCAGCAAGAUCUGCAGCAGCAGCAGCAACAACAACAAUACCAUCAACAAGAUCAACAACAAUAUCAUCAACAAGAUCUACAACAACAACAACAAUAUCAACAGCAAGAUCUACAACAACAACAACAACAAUAUAAUAAUAAUAACAAUAACAAUAAUAACCUUUACAAUCUACAAGAUGAUAAUGUAGUAAUUAGUCAAAUGAAUGAUAUACUUCACAAUUUGGAUGAAUCAGAGGAUUCUAUAAGGCAAGCAAAAGAUUGGAUGUUGAAUAAUCAACACAAAGCUCAUUUGAUUGUAGAGCUCAUAAGAAAGAGAGCUGCUGGCUUUUUUGAUAUACCCGUAUCAAAGAUUAUAGCCCUCAUGUAUUUAAUUAAUGAUGUAUUACAUUUCAGUAUGAUAAGAAAAAUGGAUGGAAACAACGAAGAGUAUUUACAGAGAUUCUAUCAAGUCUUUCCUUCAAUUCUUUCAAAUAUUUAUUACAAGUUAGAUUUGGAUCAAAAAGAUAAAAUUCAAAAUAUUCUAAGUUUAUGGAAUGAAAGGACUUUAUACAAUAAUGAAGAUAUUGGCAAAUUAAGAAAAUUUACACAACCAAAUCCACCCAACGUUACACCUGGCUUAAUGAUUUCCUAUCUUCGUACUAUACAGCCACAAUCUACCUAUAUUUCCAAUACCUUUAAACCAAUUAGUCUUCAAGAUAUUGAUUAUCAUCAAUUGGCAAAUUUAAUGAUCAAUCAUCAACAACAACAAUUCAAUACUCACAAUAGAUCAUUUUAUGACAAAGUAAGAGAAUUUUAUACCCAACACUCUUAA